GGUUCUUUUUUAUAAUCAUAUCAUUAAGAAUAAUUUAAAGAAGUUCUUUCAACCUAUUACUAGAAGUUUAAAGAUGUCAUCAGGAAAUUAUUGGAAAGGAGCUCCUUUAUCCAUGCUGUACGGAUCGGAAUCUCCCUGGGAUAAUCCAGGAUUCCCGCCUGUGCAGCCUGGACAUAACCAUGCAGUUCUGUAUCAUAUACCGGGUAAUGGCGUACUGGCUGGUGAUAGACCCCCGAAGCCACAAGUUGGCCAAGACAAAUGGGACCAGCAUCAUGUUAGGUUACCAUGCUCUAAGCACAGCUUAUACCCUGUUACCGAUGACAAAGGUGAAACUCGAUUAAGAAAACGUUGGGCAAUCAUAGUGGAUACAUUAAAGAAACCAAUCAAAAACAGUCAUGAACUAGCAAAUGCCAUAUUAGCAUAUAAUACAAAGUUUAAAAACAGAUGGAAAUUUAGAGCUCUACAUAAGUUAUUCAAUGAGUGCUUGGAAGAAGAGGAAUCACAAUCUUUUUUUGAUGUGACAUUGCCUGAAAUAGUCAAAUUAGUUCUGGAUUUGCCUAAAUUGAUACAAGCACCUAUACCAUUAUUAAAACAACACAAAAACAUGUCUAUAUCACUAUCUCAACAACAGAUUUCCAGUUUGCUGGCAAAUGCAUUCUUUUGUACAUUCCCUCGGAGAAACAGUAUGAAGCCGGACUCGGAAUAUUCUACAUAUCCCUUCAUCAAUUUCAACACGCUAUAUGAAACAUCGGGAUCAGAUGAUGUAAUAGAAAAACUCAAAUGUAUCUGUCAUUACUUUAGAAGAGUUUACACAGAAGUGCCGUGUGGUGUGGUGACAUACUCCAGACGCUCGGUGCCACCUCGUGCGCUGCCUCGCUGGAGAGACUCCACAAAGACCCUCGCCUUGCCGCUGCAUCUCAACCCCAUUGAUACGAUAGAAGACGCAGAUGGACUUAUACAAGUGGAUUUUGCUAAUAAGUAUUUGGGUGGAGGUGUGCUGGGCCACGGCUGUGUGCAAGAGGAAAUCCGCUUCGUGAUCUGUCCGGAGCUGAUGGUCUCCAUGCUCUUUACGGAAGUACUGCGCCCCAACGAGGCCGUUAUGAUCAUUGGUGGGGAGAGAUACAGUAGGUAUGGGGGGUAUGGACAUACGUUCGAGUGGGCGGGGCCGUGGGCGGAGCGCGCGCCGCGGGACUGUAGUGGUCGUCGCAGACAAGCACUGCUCGCCAUUGAUGCCCUCCUCUACCACAGCAGCCGCCAGGAGUUCCGACAUGAAGCCAUCACACGAGAACUCAACAAGGCUUGGGUAGGUUUUUCAUUCUACACGUCAGAUGAUACAUCGGACAUGAAGUACCCUGGCGUGGCGACAGGUAACUGGGGCUGCGGCGCGUUCGGGGGCUCCGCACAUCUCAAGUCUCUGCUGCAGCUGAUGGCGUGUGCGCAGGCGCAGCGCCCCAUCGCGUACUACACAUUCAGGGACAACAAGCUCGCUGACGACAUACACGCCAUUUAUACUCAGCUUGUCAAUUAUAAUGUUACUGUUGGGCAACUGUAUCAAAUGCUGGUUGACUUCUGCGAGGAGGAACUGCCUCCAUCCCGUCUUCAUCGUUACAUACUGCAGCAUAUCACUGGCGACUCAGACACGCCCACGUCCACCACCACGUCCACUACCAGCACCACGCCCACUACCACGCCCACUACCACGCCCACUACCACACCCACUACCACACCCACUACCACGCCCACUACCACUGACUCCACUGAAAGUGAGAUUCGAGAUGACAUACAUAUGAGCGAUUCAGUAAUAACUGAAUGCUUCAAUUCCCCUUUUGUAUUUCACACGAAUACGCAAGAGAAAUGUUCACUCUCAGAACAACAAGUCGAUGCUAAAAAAAACUUCGAAGAACGUAAUCAAACAUCACGUGAUGACAAAAUGGAGACCGAUAACAAAAUGGAGUCUGAUAACAAAAUGGCUGCCAGUGAUUCGAAUGAUAUGACGUCACGAUUGUUCCAAGAAAUGGAGAAAUUAGAUGAAGGCAAUGGAAGUUUAAAUUUUUCUCGACCGCAUACAAUGCCGCUGUCACACAACUCACAAUCUGACAGCAAACGAUCCUCUAUGGAUUUGUCUAUGGAUGUAAAAAAGAAAAUUAGUAAAAAAAUAACAGAUUACUUCUCGAAGAAGUCUAUUUGA